CCUUUCGAGGCACGCUACGGCAAGGCUCCCGACCUUCGAGACCUCCAUCGCUUUGGUGCGAAGGUCUGGGUACGCAAGGAGCGGUCCGGCAAGACCGAGAGCAAGGCACGUGAAGGACGCUUCGUCGGGUACAGCCAGAAGAGCAAGGGCUACCAG